CGCAGCAACCGACAAGCAACGCUCCGGCUUCAACCUCCAACCCCUCCCACGUCAAUCCACGUCUCCUACCUUGCUAUAUCACAAUGGGCGGCGGCGGAAAGGUCCCCUACCCCAAGCACGUCUGGUCGCCAGCCGGUGGCUCGUAUGCGCAGCCAGCUAACUGGAAGGCCAACACGGCUGUCUUCGGCGUCGUCAUCUUCGGCAUCACAGCCCUCGUGUGGAAGUUGAGCGCCGACAGGGAAUACCGCCAUAAGAUGCCCGAGCCUGGUCGCUUCUAUCCCAGCAGAAACUGGAGCAAGCAGAUCAUCGAGCACGAACGGGCGGAGAAGGCGGCAUCGGAAAAGCCGAAGGAGUCAUGAUCGCAGUGCUUGGCCAAGGGGGUUAUGACUUUUAACUGUACAUGACGAAUUAGACGUUGUUUCUGGGAAUUUGACAGGUUUUGCUGUGCACAACCCACAGCUGCCGUAUAAA